AUGAACGGGCACGCAGCUUCCAAGGUGUCGCUCUCACACGAAGAGGGUAUGGGGCUGCUGGACGAGAAGACGUUGUCCGACGUCGAGAGCGAGAGCGGUAGAGCCGACCUCGAGAGCCGCUUCGCGAUACCACGAUGGUCGACAGUAGCACGAGGAGCCGUUGGCUACAUGCGGGCCGUACCAUGGAGGGUAACACUGAUUCGGGGUCUCAUCUUCUUGCUGCCUAGUUUCGUUCAAAGUCGGUUUACGAGAGAACGAGGCCGUCCCGAGAAGCUGUUCCCGACAUCAUAUCUCGACGGCAUGCGUGGACUCGCUGCUCUAUUCGUAUUCUUCUGCCACUACUUCUACCAGGCCUUCAUCAUCGCCGAAGGAUGGGGCUCUUCCGAAAACAACUACCACAUCCUCAAGUUGCCGUUCCUGCGACUGUUCUACCAGGGCCCGCCGGCCGUCUGCCUCUUCUUCGUCAUCUCGGGAUACGCCUUGUCGCUGAAGCCGAUCAAGCUUAUCCGGAGCCAGAAAUGGGACGAGUUUUCGAACACCACGACAUCUCUCAUUUUCCGACGGUUCAUCAGGCUCUACAUGCCUACGGCAAUCUCGACCUUCGGAAUCAUGCUCAUGUUGCAGAUGGGUGUCUACGAGUGGACCAGAGACUUCGCCAUCGACCGAAAGUGGCACAAGAAUGUCAUGGAGCCUCAUCCCAAGCCGUUGGAUACGCUCUCUGAACAAUUGGUGGACUGGGUAUGGAGCAUGUUCAACUUCGUCCACAUCUUCGGUUGGGAGCGGUUUGGCGGAAGCACUUCUUACGAUGUCCAUCUCUGGACCAUCCCUGUGGAGUUCCGCUGUUCGAUGUACCUUUUCGUCACCCUCAUCGGUCUGGCUCGCGUGCGCACUGGUCUCCGUUUCCUCUUCCUCUGGGGAAUCAUUGCCUUCACCUACCGCAACAACCGCUGGGAACUGCUUCUCUUCUACUUCGGCAUGAUGCUUGCCGAGUACGACCUGAUUCAAGGAAACCACAACAACAACCAGCCGCCCUCCGCCCUGCCGACAAACGAGAAGCCCCCCACCAAGAGUCGGUUCACGGGAUUCCUCUGGGCGAUGUUGAGUAUUCUCUCCCUCUACUUCAUGUGCCAGCCCGACAUCAACUACGAAAACACUCCCGGCUGGGUUUGGCUCUGCACGUUCAUUCCCAAGUGGUGGGAUGAGGAAGGCUACCGUUUCUGGCAAUCUAUCGGCUCUGUCCUUUUCGUACUGAGCGUCAGCCAUUCGCCGAGAUGGAAGUCCUUCUUCAACACUGCGCCUAUCCAGUAUCUGGGCAAGAUCAGCUACGCCCUCUACCUCAUGCACGGCCCGGUGAUGCACACCGUCGGCUACACCAUCGAGAGAUUUGUGUACAGCCGCACUGGCAUCGAGGGGUGGUGGUACAACGCCGGUUUCAUCAUUGGAUCUUUCGGCUGCAUCCCUGCCGUUAUCUGGGCCGCCGACGUCUUCUGGAGAUUGUUCGACAUCCCGACGGUGCGGUUUGCGAAAUGGUUUGAGUCAAAGUGCGCUCUCAAGCAACAGUAG